CAGAUACCGGGGGUGGGGGGAUGAGACAGGACCACAGACAGGGCUGGGAGCCGAGCCAGUGAGUGAGCUGCGAGUUGUAUGGGGAGCCCAGAAGGCCACAGCCUGGAACAGUUUCAUCAUUCUUUGUGAGCACCCGGAGUAAUGACACUGAUUAAAGGCUCCUUUACGUAUUCCACCGGGGAGGAAUAUCAUGGAGAAUGGAGGGAAGGUCGGCGGCACGGCCUUGGUCAGUUAUUAUUUGCAGAUGGAGCCAUCUAUGUGGGACAGUUUGAGAACGGACUUUUCAGUGGCUACGGGGUUCUGACCUUUCCUGAUGGCUCAAGGUACGAAGGGGAGUUCGUUCAAGGAAAAUUUCAAGGAGCGGGUGUAUUCACCAGAUAUGACAAGAUGAAAUAUGAGGGGGAGUUUAAAGGGGGCCGCGUUGAAGGCUAUGGUCUUUUCACAUUUUCAGACGGUUCCCAUGGAAUGCCAAGAAACGAAGGCCUCUUUGAGAACAAUAAACUGGUAAAGCGAGAGAAGUGUCAGGCCGUAAUCCAGAGGGCCGCAAGUGCCUCCAAAGCGUCCUGCUGCCUGGCCGCCAACCAAGGCUGAGAGGCCGAUGUCGCCCUCCGAGGGCGGACGUGUCACCCAUCACAGUCUACAAGUGCACUCACUUGGUUUUUUUUCCCCCUCUUUUUUGGCUUGUUUACACUGCUUGCUGGUAAAAGCAGACGGACCGCUGUAGUCAAUAGCGCUAUAGAAAUAUAUAUAUAUAUAUGUUUAUUUAUUACGGGACAUACGCUGCUGCUUACCCUUCCAAGUGCAAUGGAACUGAAUACAGUGCCUCC